AUGACUACCUUGACCAAGUUGGAAGAUCAUGAGACGCCUGUCAUCUCUGUCCAUCCGUCUCGGCGCAUCUCCAAGGUCAAUCCCAACAUCUAUGCCGGCUUUACUGAGCACAUGGGACGCUGCAUCUAUGGCGGCAUCUAUGACCCUGGUAAUCCGUUAUCCGACGAGAAAGGGUUUCGGACGGAUGUUCUGGAGGCGUUGAAGGGGCUCAACAUCCCUGUCGUCCGGUAUCCCGGUGGUAAUUUCUGCGCGACCUAUCACUGGCUUGAUGGUGUUGGCCCAAAGGACCAACGUCCAUCCAGACCUGAGCUUGCAUGGCUUGGAACUGAGACCAACCAAUUCGGUACCGACGAGUUCAUGCAGUGGUGUGAGGCUUUGGGAACUGAGCCUUACCUUUGCUUUAACUUUGGAACUGGUACUUUGGAUGAAGCUUUGGGUUGGGUUGAGUACUGCAAUGGAACUGGCAAUACAUACUAUGCCAACUUGCGACGGAAGAAUGGACGCGAGGAGCCUUACAACGUCAAAUACUGGGCCCUCGGAAACGAGACAUGGGGUCCCUGGCAAGUCGAGCAAAUGACCAAGGAAGCCUACGCCCACAAGGCUAUCCAAUGGGCCAAAGCCCUCAAGCUACUGGACCCCAGCCUCAUCCUGAUUCUCUGCGGUCAAGACGGCACCGCCUCGUGGGACUACUAUACCCUAAAGCACUGUCUCGUGCCAGCUCACUCAGCCCUCUCAACCAGCGCAGUUCCCCUAAUCGACAUGCACAGCAUCCACCUCUACACAUCUUCAUCAUCCCACCUGCCCAACGUAACAGCCCCCCUAGCAGCCGAGCGCGCCAUCGAAAUUACAUCUGCAUUGAUCGACCUCGCCCGCGCCGAGAACGGCGUCCCACCAGAACAACUCCGCCCAACAAUCUGCUUUGACGAGUGGAACGUAUGGGACCCGAUUCGCGCCGAGGGGAGCAAAGGCGCCGAAGAGAACUACAAUCUCUCAGACGCGCUAGCCGUUGCCGCCUGGCUGAAUGUGUUCAUCCGCAAGAGCAAGGACGUCGGCAUGGCUUGUAUUGCACAGACUGUGAAUGUCAUCUCGCCCUUGAUGACUAGCCCAGAGGGAAUCACUAAGCAGACGACUUGGUGGCCGCUUUAUCUGUUUUCACGCUAUAUGCGUGGCUGGACGAUUGCUAGUCAUGUUUCUUGUGGGACUUAUGAGGGUGAGACUUUGCCCAAGUGGAUUCGCAGUGCUAAGGAUACGCCUUGGUUGGAUGUUAGUGCUACGCUUGGUGAGGAUGGGUUUGUUAAUGUCGCUGUUGUGAAUAUUCAUGAUGAGAAGGAUUUGGAGAGUAAGGUUGAGGGCGCUACGGGUGAUGUGGCUGUGUUUACUGUUACUGGUGGUCAUUUGGCUGCUACUAAUAUGAACGGUGCGGAGGAAGUGCGUGUCGAGGAGACAAUUUGGAGUGGAAACGGGAAUUAUCUUUUCCCCAAGCACUCUCUUACUUUGCUCAGAUGGAAGGCUGAGUAG